GAAAUAUCGAAAAGUUGGAGUUGUCAUAUUUACAAUUUACAAAUAAUCCUAGUUUUAAUUCGAAUAAAAAUGUUUUUCUCGAUAAUUUCGCAAUAAAAUACAUUUUAAACAAUCCUGCUUUAUUAGUUGGAUGAGCUUACAAAGUUAUUUAAAAUUUUAAAAUGGUUUUUCCUAAGUUCUACAAAUUAUACGAACUACUAUUAUUAUUAACAUGGUUUUCGCCGAGCUACCAGUUCUAUGUGCCUGGAAUGGCGCCCACGGAUUUCAAAAAGGGCAUGCCAAUCGAGGUCAGAGCGGUGAAAAUGACCAGCAUACACACGCAAUUACCCUACGAAUACUAUUCCCUGCCGUUCUGUUUGCCCAAAGGCGGCUCCGAGUCGAUCCAUUACAAAUCCGAGAACCUGGGAGAAGUCCUAAGGGGCGAUCGAAUCGUAAAUACUCCUUAUAUAGUCAAAAUGGCAGAGCCCACGCCUUGCACUCUGCUGUGCAAUUCGCCCGAUAAGCCAAUUAAUUGGAGCGUGAGAGAAUCGCAGACAGUUGUGGACAGAAUUCAGCAUGAAUAUUUUGUUCAUUUAUUGGUGGAUAAUCUACCGGCGGCCACUCAGACUUUCAAUCCCGAAAUGAACGAGAACCAAUUAGAGCAUGGCUACAGGCUGGGCAACACAGUAGGCGAUAGGAGUUUCAUAAACAACCAUCUUAAAUUGACAUUGUUGUAUCAUAAUCCCCAGCCCAAUAUAUACCGAGUGGUGGGCUUCCGGGCGAGCGCGAAGUCCAUUCACAAAGACGAAAUGAAAUUCGACGGGAACACGUGCAGUUACCCGGGCAAACCGAGGUCCCAAGUGGUGGAUCCGGUGGCCGGUACUCAAUUGUAUUUCACCUACGAAGUGGAAUGGAAGCAAUCGUCCGUCAGCUGGGCGUCGAGGUGGGACAUUUAUCUGGCCAUGACGGACGCUCAGAUCCAUUGGUUCUCUAUAAUCAAUUCCAUCGUUGUCAUUUUCUUCCUGUCCGGUAUUUUGACCAUGAUUAUGGUGAGGACGUUGAGGAGGGACAUCGCCAAAUACAAUGCGGAUGAAAGUUUCGACGAGGCUAUAGAGGAGACCGGUUGGAAGUUGGUGCACGGUGAUGUGUUUCGACCGCCCAGGCAUUCUAGAUUGUUCGCUGCGCUAGUCGGAUCGGGCAUUCAGAUAUUUUUGAUGUCUCUCAUAACGAUAUUUUUCGCAAUGCUGGGAAUGCUGUCGCCGGCGUCGCGUGGGGCUCUAACGACGGCGGCGAUUACGUUUUACAUGAUACACGGCGCCGUGGCCGGUUACCUGUCGGCCAGAUUGUACAAGACCAUGAAAGGGCGCGAAUGGAAAAGGGCGGCUUUUCUCACGGCCGCCCUUUAUCCGGCCGUCGUCGGCGUUACGUGUUUCUUUUUGAACUUUUUCAUAUGGGGAAAGGCGAGCAGCGGGGCCGUUCCGUUUUCGGCGAUGAUAAGCCUUUUCCUAAUGUGGGUGUUCAUAUCGCUGCCAUUGGUUUACGUCGGUUAUUACUUCGGUUACAGGAAACAACCCUAUCAGCAUCCCGUUCGGACGAAUCAAAUACCGAGACAGGUGCCCGAACAACAUUGGUACAUGAAUCCACUCUUAUGUACAUUAAUGGCCGGCAUCCUGCCGUUCGGCGCGGUUUUUAUUGAACUCUUCUUCAUAUUCACUGCCAUUUGGAAGAACCAAUUCUACUAUCUCUUUGGGUUCUUGUUCUUAGUGUUCGUCAUCCUGGUGAUAUCCUGUUCGCAAAUAUCAAUCGUCAUGGUGUAUUUCCAAUUGUGCGGCGAGGAUUACCAUUGGUGGUGGAGAAGUUUCAUCGUAUCGGGCGGCAGCGCGCUGUACAUAUUGGGAUAUUCCCUCUUCUACUUCGUGACCGUUUUGGAAAUAACGGAAUUCAUCCCGACGUUGCUCUACAUUUGUUAUACCGGUCUCAUGGUCUUCACGUUUUGGCUAUUGACCGGCACGAUCGGAUUCAUCGCCGCUUACGCUUUCGUUAUGAAAAUUUACGCGGCCGUCAAGAUCGAUUAAGGACUUGUUUUAUUUUAUUAUUUUUCAUUGUUAACCCGUUGACUACCACCGCAAUUUUCAGAUUCCUGUCAAGGUCGUUUAAAUCGUAUUAUAUUAGUACGAGAUAACUCGUACUCGGAGCACUGGGCAAUGAACGAGUUAUCUCGUAGUCAACGGGUUAAUCGAGCGUCGAUUCGAGCUCAAAGAGCGGAGUAGUAACGUUGAAAUGCAAUUUGAACGAAGCUACAAGCGAAAAAAACAAACAAGUAUUUAUGCUAGUGGAAAAAGGACAAAAUUGUUUAAAUGUUUAUACGAAUUUCGAUUGUUUCAUGGAUCUAUAUCAAAAGCUAUAUUGAUAAGCGACGUGUACAUAAUUUAUUAUCUGAUAUGUAAAAUUCAAAUGAAUGGGGUUUAAUAUAUUUAAAACGACUAA